AUGGCGUUGCAGCUGCCGAGUUUGGGCCUAACAGUAAUUCCACUAUGGCUGCUAGCUGUUACAUGUCCUGACUUCCCUCUAGCCUGGGAGGAGGAGGAGGCUGAUGAAGCUCCUGGGCAGAUCUCAGGUUCCCUGUUGGCUCAGGGUGAGAUGGAGAAAGCGGACCAGGUGUACUUCAACGGGCUGGCGGGACCUCUCUCCAGCAUGCACAAGAUGAGAUUGAGAGAGGCUCCCACGUGCCUACAGGGGGUGCGACUUCACUUUCACCAAGCUCGAGGCCUGUCGUUCUUUGCAGUGAAGGUCUUCAAGUCUAGCACAGACAUGAACUUGAUUGACAGAGAUGCCACCUACGAUGACCUGGGCGAGCCAGAGGACUUCUUGAUUGUCUUCACCAGCCUGGGCGUAGAGAAGUCGGAGCAACUCUUUAAGGCAGCAGAGGCCCGUGUAGAAGAAGAUGCAGCCUUACACAGCUUUCACAAGGCCCUGGAAGAAGUCGACGCAAAUGUGCGUGAUGAGCGCGGGGAGACAGCAGCGAGCAAGGUUUGCAGGUUUGGGCAUCUAAAGAUGCUAAAAAGCCUGCGCCUGGCGUUGGCUGACUUUACACUGGCGGACAGUCAAGGUGUCACCCCUUUGUUCUUAGCUUGUCAAGAGGGGCAUGUGACAUGCGCUAGCUUCCUCCUGGAAGUCUGCGGCCACAUGAGAGUUUGCAUCAGCCCUGACGGUGAGUUGCCUGAACGGUGGGCGCACGAUGGCGCCACACCUCUCUUGAUCGCUGCGCAGAAUGGCAACCUCUCCACUGUGAUGUUUCUUCUCUCUCUGCAGGCUGUUCAGCAGGAUCUCUGCAUGCACUCUGGGGCCAGCCCAGUCUGUGUAUCAGCGCAAAACAAUCACCUGGCGGUCGUCAAGGCUCUCGUGCGGUGCCGCAGCGAUGCGAAUCUUUGCUUGAAGAGCAAUGUGAGUCCGGUCUACAUCGACGGCUCCACACCGUUGCUGGUGGCAGCUCAAAACGGGCACCUAGCAGUGAUCAAAGCCCUGUGGGCAGAGAUGGGGCCAGCGGUUGCGAAGCUCCUCAUCAAGAUGCGAGCAGAUGUCAGCAAGCCAAAUUGUGAGGGCAUGGCCCCCUUGCAUUAUGCUGCCAAGGAUUGCAAGUUGGAAAUGGUGGAGCUGCUCUUGGAGUACAAUGCAGAUCCAGCAGCGCGGACGAGGUGUGGAAGAACGGCAUGGGAUCUUGCCAAAGAAGGGGAAGAGGUAGCUGGCAAUGAAGCACCUGGGUCAUCCAGCUCCAAUGAUACACUGCCAAAAGAACAUUGGGCUGCAAUAGCCAAGAAGCUGGGCACAAGUUGCGCCCCAGCCUCUGCAGCUUGA